AUGGCUAAUGCUGCGAUGGUCGUAUACUGCUUUGACGUGCUCCAGUCACGCUUCAAUGGCAACAUAGAGCCCACGCCUUGCUUUAACGUGGAGCAGGAAUGUCCGUUAUUCGUGACGGGAGAUCGAGGAGCACGCCGUUUUGCCCCCAUCGGGCCGCAGGAGCUGCAACGUCUACCCUGCACUGUAUCGCUCCUCGUCGACUUUGAGGACGUUGAGAGCUAUGACGACUGGGAGAUUGGCACGCACGGGAUCAUCAUCAAGUUCAGUGACUUGCGUGGAAACGAGUACAACGCCACGUACUUGCCGCAAGUUGCUCGUGAACAAGGCUGGACCCAUGUUGAGACAGUCACGUCACUUAUGAGAAAAGCAGGAUAUCGCCAUAGUAUCACCGAAGCGAUGCUGAAAACUGUCUGCGUCACACGCUACCGCAGCUCUAUCCACAAGCUUACGUAUCAGCAGUAUCUUUCCAUCAGACAAGAGAUACUGAACAGUGCAUGA